AAUGGCGAUGACACUGUUGGAAGACUGGUGCAGGGGCAUGGAUGUGAACUCCCAGAGAGCGCUGCUGGUCUGGGGGAUCCCCGUGAACUGUGAUGAGGCUGAAAUCGAAGAGACCCUCCAGGCUGCGAUGCCCCAGGUGCCCUAUCGAGUGCUUGGGAGAAUGUUCUGGAGGGAAGAGAAUGCGAAGGCAGCCUUGUUAGAGCUCACUGGCGCUAUCGAUUACGCCGCGAUCCCCAGGGAGAUGCCGGGUAAGGGGGGCGUCUGGAAAGUGGUCUUUAAGCCCCCGACUUCCGAUGCUGAAUUUUUAGAAAGGUUACACCUCUUCCUAGCGAGAGAGGGGUGGACCGUGCAAGAUGUUGCCCGUGUCCUAGGGUUUCAGAACCCCGCUCCGGCCCCAGGCCCAGAUAUGCCAGCAGAGAUGUUAAAUUAUAUUUUGGAUAAUGUUAUUCAGCCUCUUGUUGAGUCCAUAUGGUACAAGAAGCUGACGCUGUUCUCAGGGAGGGACAUCCCGGGGCCUGGGGAGGAGACCUUUGAUCCCUGGCUGGAGCACACUAAUGAGGUCAUAGAGGAGUGGCAGGUGUCCGAUUUAGAAAAGAGGCGGCGGUUGAUGGAGAGUCUUAGAGGCCCCGCCGCUGAUGUCAUCCGCAUCCUCAAGACUAACAACCCUGCGAUAACCACCGCUGAAUGCCUGAAGGCGCUGGAGCAGGUGUUUGGGAGCGUCGAGAGCUCUAGGGACGCGCAGGUCAGAUUUCUGAACACUUACCAGAACCCGGGAGAAAAGUUAUCUGCUUAUGUCAUUCGUCUGGAGCCUCUGCUGCAGAAGGUGGUGGAGAAGGGGGCCAUAGAUAAAGAUAACGUGAACCAGGCCCGUCUGGAGCAGGUCAUUGCCGGGGCCAACCACAGCGGGGCCAUCCGAAGGCAGCUGUGGCUGACCGGGGCUGCGGAAGGGCCGGCCCCUAACCUCUUUCAGUUGCUGGUGCAGAUCCGCGAGGAGGAGGCCAAGGAGGAGGAGGAGGAGGCCGAGGCCGCCCUCCUGCAGUUAGGCCUGGAGGGCCACUUCUGAGUCCCGGGGAACGGGGCGUCCGUGCAGACCUAGAUCACAGCUGCUUUCCUUGUCUCUGUGCUGUCUUAUAGGGGUGUCUCUUAGUAAAGACUAAGGCGUGUUCUGUUUUCUGGGGAGAAGUCAGGCCUUCAUAUUUAUGUUACAGUGGUAAAAUUGUGCGCGUGAACACCCUGAGCUGCUACAAGGGAGUCAUGCUAGCUAUAAUUCCAGGCAAAGGCUUGGACACAAGUGCUCAGUGCAAGCUGUCAAAGUAGCAUCAUCAUCAGUUGUGAAAAACGUGAACUUGUGACACUUCCUAUCAAGGUUAAUUAAAUGUGAAAUUGCAUGUUCAGACGUUUAGCGUAGGGCCUGACUAAUGCAAGAAGUGUUCAGUAAAAAUGUGAACUGUUGUUUGUUACUAAUAUCGUGAAUAGUUUUUGUGUUCACUGUAAAUUGUACCUGAUUUAUGUUAAUGGAAAGAAAUGUGAAUUAGAUAUUAUUCAACUUUAUAGUGCAAAUUUCUUAUUUUUCAUCUUUAAACAUCUGGAUCAGUUUAAUUCAAAAGUAUUCUGAGACUAUGAAAUGGGGUGUUAGAAAAAUACUGUAAUUAUAGGGCUGUGUAAAUCAGAAUUUUUCACUGUUCAAGAUACAGGUAUAAAUCGCAUGGGGAGGUUAAUAUGAACCAGUUACAGUAUCCAUUCCCCCAUUUCAAAUCUUUGUCACUGAAUAGUUCUCCUUGUUCAUACUGAUUCCAAGUGUUCUAAAUUUGAAGUUAUCAAAUACAUGUAUAUGAAUAAAAAUAUUUUAAAAAUUC